AUGUCCAAAUAUUUCAGUCGCAUAGAGAUUCUCCCAGCCACGGAAGAAGAUUGCCCGACACUGGCGCAGGUUGAAGAGGCCGCCUUUAGCCAAGCUCGUCAGGAGGAAUCAAGAAGUCUCAGUGAGAUCAUGUUCGGCCCUCCUGCCGCGGAAGGUGAAUCCCUUCGCGCCCAGGAUCUUGUUCACAAAAUGCAGACAGACCCAACCACGAGACUCUACAAAGCUACAAUCAAAGAAGAAGCUACGAACAUGAAAAGGAUCGUCGGCUGGUCUGUUUGGAAUCAUUACCUUGAGCCUCAGCCUAUGGAAGAGCGAAAAGACACCAGAUCCCGGUUGAUCGGGAAUGAAGACGCUUUUCACGAGUUCUUCGGCGCGUUGUUGAGAGCAAGAAAGCUGUACAUGUCUGGGAAACCAUUUUGCUUGCUGGGUGUGCUGGUCACCUUGCCCGAGUACCAAGGCAGAGGGGUCGGAUCUGCUCUUCUCGAGUUUGGUAUUUCUGAAGCUACCAAAGCAGGUCUUUCUGAGUUUUGGCUGGAGGCUUCUGCCGAUGGAUACAGCCUCUACCGGAAAUUUGGUUUCGAGAAUGUCGACUUCGUCCAUAUGGAUCUGACAAAGUAUGGAAGUGUUGGACAGACAAAGCAUGUGUGUAUGAAGAAAUCACUACCGUGA